AAUUUUAAAAAGGUGGGGCUUGAAGUAGCCAGUAGGAAUACACUUCAUUCUCAAACCUGUACAUCUUAUUUAUCUCAGUGGAGAACAUUAUGUAUCUUUCAAGGCAUUCCAAAAGUAUAUAAAACUGGGUCUCCAAGAAGUACAGCAUGUGACUGCUAAUGAAUUGGCAAAAUCAUUCUUAAGAGACUAUGUGGUCAUUGAAAAGAAUGAGCUUGAGCUAAGUGUUCUAAGAUUUGACAUUCAUAAUGAGUGUGAAAAGGAAGUUAUAAUAGGUGUAUGAUUCAAUUUUUUAAAUAUGUGUAUUUACAAAUGCUUGCCUGUAAAAGGUAAAGGUCUGGAAUGACGCACACAGUGGUUAACGGGGGAGUGGAAUUGUGAUAUGUAGAGACAGUGAGGAAGGGGACUUGCUCUUUUUCCUUUAUUCAUUUCUGAAUUGUCUGGAUUUUUCACAGAGUAUGUAGUUAAAUUAAUUUUUAAAAUUAAUUAGGAGACAUCACACACAUUCACGAGACUCCUUAUCAAUCUUUGUUGGUAGUUGCCAUGGAGUUGAUUCUGACUCAUAGUGACCCUAAGGCAUUUAAAGUCCAGGAAACUUUACUUUCUUGGUUUGACUGGGUCCAUGGAGAGUUCAGUUCCUUCACCAAACAUUUCUCCGGCUCCAGGUUCUGUGCUGGGCACCGAGGCUACUAAGAUGAAUAACACCUGGCCCGUGACAGGAUGGGAAUCUACCCCACAACGCAGGUAAGAUCAGUGGGACUGGUAAAUAUGGGCACCGUCAUCACUAGGGAUACCUCGGCUCCCUCACUUGACUCAUAAUUGGCCUUCUGUAGGCUUCAUCUCUUGGCAGCGCAAUUGACAGCUGUUAUCCUCUCAUUCUGAAACGUCAAAUUUAGGAUCACGACUCCAGUCAACACCGCCGAGCGGCAGGUGUCCCUGGAGAAAGAAAAGUCUCUGGGGUACCUAGAAUAGAUUAUGCAGCCGCGCACAGAUCUUGUCCUGUCUGGAGUCUCUGCUGAGUAAUGUAGAUUCUGGGGCAGCCAGGGGGCAGCUGGUGACUUUGAACCAGAUUUUACCUUUCAACUGAAUCCAGGGAAAUAAUUUGCAACAAAGUGGCAGACGCAGAGUACUAUGUUGAACGCUAGAUUGUGCUUUAUUUUUUCCUCCCAACUUCACGUUUCCAUGCACCAAAAUGUUGAUGGUAUAAAUACUGGAUACCACGCUUACCUGACAGGCUUCUUCCAUCCCACCUGGACGCAGGAGCUCGGAGCGCGCGCGCAAGCCGCGGCUGGAGCCCGCCUCUCGCGGCCGGAGCGGGCUCGGACGGCCCCAGGCUCCGCUGCUGGCCCCAGUGCCGGAGCCGCUCCCCCGCCAGGGCACCCGCAGGCAGCCCGCCGCGCGCACGCGCACUUCCCUCGGGCUGCCUCGGCGCCUCGGGUUUUCCGCGGGGCUACGACUGGACUGCUCCUGAGGCCGGGGCGGGGCGGGGUGAGAGCGAGAGCUCGUAACCACGUGACCGGCGACAACAUGGCGGCGCCCAGCGGCAUCCACCUGCUCCUCAGCAGAGGUUGUCACAGAAUUUUCUCUUCAGCACUCAAUCACAUCUACUCACACAAGCAGUCAGGCAGCCAACAAAGAAGAAAUUUCUUUUUCCGGAGACAAAGAGAUAUUUCACACAGUAUAGUUUUGCCAGCUGCAGUUUCUCCAGCUCAUCCAGUCCCUAAGCACAUAAAGAAGCCAGACUAUGUGACGACAGGCAUUGUACCCGACUGGGGAGACAGCAUAGAAGUUAAGAAUGAAGAUCAGAUACAAGGGCUUCGUCAGGCUUGUCAGCUGGCCCGUCAUGUCCUCCUCCUGGCUGGGAAGAAUUUAAAGGUUGACAUGACAACUGAAGAGAUAGAUGCUCUUGUUCAUCAGGAAAUCAUCAGUCAUAAUGCCUAUCCCUCACCUCUAGGCUAUGGAGGUUUUCCAAAAUCUGUUUGUACCUCUGUAAACAACGUGUUAUGUCAUGGUAUUCCUGACAGUCGACCUCUUCAGAAUGGCGAUAUUAUCAACAUUGAUGUCACGGUCUAUUACAAUGGCUACCAUGGAGACACGUCUGAAACAUUUUUGGUGGGCAAUGUGGAUGACUGUGGUAAAAAGUUGGUGGAGGUUGCCAGGAGGUGUAGAGAUGAAGCGAUUGCAGCUUGCAGAGCAGGGGCUCCCUUCUCUGUAAUUGGAAACACAAUCAGCCGCAUAACUCAUCAGAGUGGUUUGCAAGUCUGUCCACAUUUCACUGGACAUGGAAUAGGAUCUUACUUUCAUGGACAUCCAGAAAUUUGGCAUCAUGCGAAUGACAACGACCUGCUCAUGGAGGAGGGCAUGGCCUUCACCAUAGAGCCAAUCAUCACCGAGGGAUCCCCUGAAUUUAAAGUCCUGGAGGAUGCAUGGACUGCGGUCUCCCUAGACGAUCAAAGGUCUGCCCAGUUCGAGCACACAGUUCUCAUCACGUCGGGGGGCGCGCAGAUCCUGACCAAACUGCCCCACGAGGCCUGAGACGCGCGCUGCCCAAAGGGCGCGGCCACCUGACGCCUUUUUUCCCUAAAUUGUUGAAAUCCAGCGGGAGAAUUUUUAGAAGGCACGGGCGAACGACGGCUUGGGCUGUAACCUACCUGGCGCCUAAUAAGCGUCUUUGACAAACGCGAUGGGGAGUAGGGACAAUUGGGGACGCAGAGCUGAAGCCCCGCCCGGGCCAUGCAGGGGAAUGGGACGCCCUCUUUUGGAGAUGAGGGUUUUCGGGAGGGGUGGGGUAGUCUUCUCUCUUUCUCUUGUCCUGACUCUGCCGGAGUAAAAAGGUUCACCUCUUAAACCCAUUGUGCCUGCGCUUUUUGUGUCUCUGACAGUUAUUUGGGGGGAGAGGGUGGGUGGUUAAUUUUUCAGUCUGA